GGCUCCGAUCGCUCGCCCCGGGUUCGGUUUUCCCAGGGAGGUGCGGCUAAAGCACCAGCGGAGCGAGACAUGGCGGAGAGCGUGUGCAUCGCAGGCGGACCCAGGUGUGUGAUCCUCUGGAUGUGUAACGAGGUGUGAAGAAUGGAUUCAUAUUACAAUUCCGCACUUCAUCUUCCUAUAUUUGUCAGAUUACCAUCAGAAAGUAAAGAUCCAUAAAAAUCCAGUGCUGGUCACAGUGACUUCAAAACAGAUUUUUAAAGAAGAGAAUGCUUAAAUGAAGAGAUACUGUGCUUGAAACCUAUAAUUUGUGAGAGCUCCGGAGAAGAUGGCUUAUGUUAACCUAAAGGAAAUUGCACUAAUAGUUGGAGUGGUGGCAGCUUGCUAUUGGAACAGCCUGUUUUGUGGCUUUGUUUUUGACGACGUUUCAGCCAUUUUGGACAACAAAGAUUUGCAUCCUUCCACUCCGUUAAAAAAUCUCUUCCUGAAUGACUUCUGGGGGACUCCUAUGUCUGAGGAGCGAAGUCACAAGUCAUACAGGCCGCUCACUGUGCUCACGUUCCGUUUGAACUACCUGUUCAGCGAGUUAAAUGCUGUCUCUUACCACUUCCUGAACGUCAUCUUCCAUGCAGCUGUUUGUAUUGUCUUCCUCAAGGUCUGUAAGCUUUUCCUGGACAGCAGGAGCAGUUUGGUUGCUUCCUUACUGUUCGCAGUGCAUCCAAUACACACUGAAGCGGUAACUGGUGUAGUGGGCAGAGCAGAGCUUCUCUCCUCCAUCUUUUUCCUAGCUGCUUUUUUGUCAUAUACCAGGUCCAGAGGUCCAGAAAACACGAUUGUGUGGACUCCUAUUGCAGUGACUGUGUUUCUGGUGGCUGUGGCAACAUUAUGUAAGGAACAAGGAAUAACAGUGGUGGGAAUCUGUUGUGUCUAUGAAGUAUUUAUAGCUCAAGGGUAUACCUUGCCUAUUCUUUGGGAUACAGUGCUACAGAUUCUCCGAGGCAAAGGCAGCAUUCCUUACUGUAUGCUCCAAAUGCUGUUGAAGCUGAUAGUUCUGAUGUUCAGUACUCUGCUUCUUGUUGUGAUCAGAGUCCAGGUCAUUCAGUCGCAGUUGCCAGUGUUUACAAGGUUUGAUAACCCAGCUGCUGUCAGUCCAUCUCCUGCAAGGCAGCUGACUUUCAACUACCUCCUUCCUGUGAAUGCCUGGCUGCUUCUCAAUCCCUCGGAAUUGUGUUGCGAUUGGACGAUGGGCACCAUACCGUUGGUAGAAUCUCUUCUAGACAUCAGAAAUGUUGCCACCAUCGCCUUCUUCUGCUUUUUGGGAACAUUGCUCAUCUUCAGCCUCCGCUAUGCUGGAGAUUCUUCCAAGACUGUGUUGAUGGCACUUUGUUUAAUAGUGUUGCCAUUCAUCCCAGCCUCCAACCUUUUUUUUCCUGUUGGCUUCGUAGUAGCAGAGCGAGUGUUGUAUGUUCCCAGCAUGGGAUUCUGCAUGCUAGUAGCCCAUGGGUGGAAAAAGCUCUCAAGCAACAGUGUCCUAAGAAAGCUAUCCUGGGUUUGCCUCUCUCUGGUGCUGUUUAUCCAUGCCUUAAAAACCUUGCACAGGAACUGGGACUGGGAAUCGGAAUAUACACUGUUCAUGUCUGCCUUGAAGGUAAAUAAGAACAAUGCUAAACUCUGGAAUAAUGUGGGCCAUGCUUUGGAAAAUGAAAAGAAUUUUGAAAGGGCAUUGAGAUUCUUCAUACAAGCCACCCAAGUGCAACCUGAUGACAUUGGUGCCCACAUGAAUGUAGGAAGGACUUAUAAAAACUUAAACAGAACCAAAGAAGCUGAAGAAUCUUACUUGAUUGCAAAAUCAUUGAUGCCACAAAUUAUUCCAGGUAAAAAAUACGCUGCCCGAGUCGCUCCUAACCACCUGAAUGUUUAUAUCAAUCUUGCAAACCUGAUUCGAGCGAAUGAGUCUCGCCUUGAAGAAGCAGACCAGUUAUAUCGCCAAGCCAUUAGCAUGAGGCCAGACUUCAAACAGGCGUACAUAAGCAGGGGCGAACUGCUUCUGAAAAUGAACAAACCUCUGCAAGCCAAGGAAGCAUACCUUCGAGCCCUCGAACUGGAUAGGAGCAAUGCAGACCUGUGGUAUAACUUGGCAAUUGUUUACAUUGAACUGAAAGAUCCGACGGAAGCUCUGAAGAACUUCAACAGGGCAUUAGAACUGAAUCCUAGUCAUAAACUAGCACUAUUUAAUUCUGCACUACUAAUGCAAGAAUCCGGUGAUGCUAGACUUAGGCCGGAAGCUAAGAAAAGACUUCUAAAUUAUGUGAAAGAAGAGCCUCAUGAUGCAAAUGGCUAUUUCAACUUGGGCAUGCUUGCAAUGGAUGACAAAAAGGAUGCUGAGGCAGAAACCUGGAUGAAAAAAGCCAUAAAGCUGCAGCCGGGCUUCCGAAGCGCUCUGUUCAAUUUGGCGCUGCUUUAUUCCCAGACUGCAAAGGAGUUGAAAGCUUUGCCAGUUCUAGAAGAGCUGUUAAGAUACUACCCUGAUCAUACCAAAGGUUUGAUCCUGAAGGGAGACAUUUUGAUGAACCAAAAGAAAGAUAUACGGGGAGCUAAGGAGUGUUUUGAGAAGAUUCUGAAAAUGGACCCUAACAACGUACAAGGGAAACACAACCUUUGUGUGGUUUAUUUUGAGGAGCGGGACUUGAUCAAAGCGGAGAAGUGUUUGGUGGAGACUCUGGCCUUAGCGCCGCAUGAGGAAUACAUCCAGCGUCACUUGAGCAUAGUCCGAAGUAAAAUCGCUUUGCUCGGUACCGGAGAAGCAGCUACCAUUCCCGCGGAAAAGAUGACAGCUUCGGAAGUAGGGAAAACUCCUCCUGAAGACUUGAAAGGGGCAAAAAACGAAAACUUGAAAGUGGCCAAAAAUGAACAGAGGAGCUCUCGGACCACAAACAGUGACAGCAACAAAGGGCAGGCAAAGCCCAAGAAACAAGGGGAGAAAAACACCACAGACAAAGAGACGAAAAAGAAGUCUACAAAAGAAAUCAAAGACAUUGAGAAAAAAAGGGUUGCCGCUCUGAAGAGACUAGAAGAGAUUGAGCGUAUAUUGAAUGGCGAAUAAUUUCUUGGGAAUACCUCCAGUGCCAGAGGUUUUUUGCACCUACUUCCGGGGUUCUGUGCGCCUGUGCAUCUUAUGUUCAGUCGGUAUGACUACUAGGCAGCUUUUGAAUUUGGAAAGAAUACUGAAACCAUAUCACCUUUAAAAAGGAAAAGCAGGAGAAGGCUGUUCCUACUACACAAAGAAAUAAUACGUCAUAAAAAUAAUGGAUUUUAAUUAAUGUUUUUGGUUUAGGGUAUUGAACAUAACUGACAACAUGGGGAUUUUCCAGGUACAGGACCUGCAGUUCUAAUGCUGCUGUUGAGAACUGCAGGCCGACUCACGGGAAGCAAGCCCUGCUGAACUCCAGUGGUGCUUGCUUCAGAGUAAACCUGCUUAGGUCCAGGCUGCAAAGGACUAGCAAUCAGGUAUCUUCAGUUCUUCGUGUCCUCUAAAGAACUGUCAAGUGCUAGAAGGCAAUUUUUUAACAGGGGUACCUCAGGUAUGAUGGCUUCCAGGCUGACUGUAAGGGAAAUUCACUGGUGCAAAUGAUUUAGGAAUGCAGCUUUCGUUUGGAUAACUUUCUUUGCUUGGGUUUACUCAUCAAGUCAUUGGUGAUUUUUAUAGGUAUUAAGUUAUGCAUCAUACAGUCCAUUUCUACCUACACCCUGGAAUUACAGGCAUUCCAGAAUGUGUUGAAGGUUAACUAGGAAAUAUCACUCAUGUUAUGUAUGUGCAUGCAUGCAUUUUGUAGUUUUUUCAGUCCUGCGCAGAUCAUAUUAAAGGUGCAGUGGUCCGCUAAGCCGGGGGGGGGGGACAUUCCUGCAAAAACCCCCACAGAGGUUCGUAUUCAACAGUGACACUCAGUUGAUGAUAAGGGUUUCAUCAGUGGAGCAGAGAGAGAAGCAAUUUUCAACUGUUUUCCUUCCCCCUAAAGCCCCAUCCUUCUGUCACCCACUGGGGUUUUCAUUGGGAGGAGAGAUUGCUGAAACUUGCUUGCCUUCCCAUUCUGCCUUACUCCCAGCUGAGUGGCUCCACUGAAUAUUAUUCAAGCUUAUUGAAAUUCUCUGCCCCUUAUGCUAUUUAUUGCAAUCCUAUGGUGCUCUUACGUUUUAGAAACAAAUGUGAUUGUUUCUCAACAGCCCCCAGCCAUGCUGUAGGGAAUCACUUUGUGUGAAUCCAGUGUGGAAAAUUUUGUUGGUUUUCUUUUCCCCCUUUGCUUUUCAAUUAAUCAAUAUUUGUGGGGCAUUCUGUGCUUUUAAGUUUCUCACAAAUUGACUCCCAAAAUUAUAUGGAUUGCAAAACAUCACUACUCAUUAUUUUAUUUUUUGCAAUCACUGUAAAUGUGCUUUAACUUUUUGACAUAAACCAGUGCUUGUCUGUCUGCUGUUCAGGGCUGUUCUGCCAUGAUUAAGGUUGCAAUCCUGCACUCACUUCCUUGAGAAUAAACCCCACUGGACUUAACUGAGAAGAUCCGUAGCUCAGUGGCAGAGCACAUCAUUUGCAUGCAACAGGUCUCAAUCAGCCCCUAACAGCUGUAGGGCAGGCUGGAGAAAACCACUUCCCCAGGACACUGGAGGACCACCUGAUCAGCCUUCCCCAACCUUAUUCCCUACAGGUGGUUUUAUACUACAGCUCCCAUAAUCCCUGACCAUUGGUCAUGCUGACAGAGGCAGAUGGGAGCCUGUAGUUGAAAACAUUUGGAAGUACCAGGCUAGGGAAGACUGUGCAGUAAAAGCACUUCCUGGUAGGAAAGAGCAUGCAAUGUGUGUGGAUCAUCAUGUGUCCAUAAAGCAAAUUAUGAUGAUCACACAUACACAUAAUGUAUAUUCCGUUUGGAAAUGAUGUGUAAUCUCCAGAUUCUGCAUUGUUUCCAACCUUGAAAGACUGACUUCUGGUUUGAUUGCUAACACACUAAAUGUUUCACUUUUCAUGUCAAAAGUUCUAGGGCUUUUAAUUAAAUAUUUAUUCAGUCUGCUAAGUUUUCAAAUGGUUUCCACUAACGACAUUGUUUUUCUAAAAUGAGUUAACCCAAUUCCUUAUGUGAAACAUGGAUUGAUAACUUCUGCAUUUUAUAUUGGCGGCUAUGCAUUCCCCCCCAUCUAAAUAUAUUGUUGGAUUGCCUAAAAAA